UCCACUGGAGGCGCUGUGGUGCUGCAGCAGCAGCAACACGAGCAUCAAAAUUCAAGUGUCGGCUCUGUCUAUGAUGUUAACAGUCAGAUCGUAAUGGCGACUGCUGGAACAGCAGACAUGGGAUCAGCAGCCCCGACAGGGACCAGCAGCAUUCGAAAAAUGGCCCCCGCCGAGAUGCCCGGCUCUUCAGGCAUGAGUAUGAAGAAGACCAUUGGACACCGGGGCGUUGAGACUACCACAGGAGAAACUACUUACAAAAAAACUACGUCAUCUGCCCUAAAGGGAGCAAUCCAAUUGGGCAUCGCUCACACAGUUGGCAGCUUAAGUCAAAAGGCGGAGAGGGAUGUUCUCAUGCAGGACUUUGUAGUUGUUGAAAGCAUCUUCUUCCCGAGCGAAGGCAGUAACCUGACCCCUGCUCAUCACUACAGUGACUUUCGCUUUAAGACCUAUGCUCCUAUCGCCUUUCGUUACUUCAGGGAACUGUUUGGCAUUCGGCCAGAUGACUACCUGUAUUCUCUGUGUAAUGAGCCGCUGAUCGAGCUGUCGAACCCCGGAGCCAGCGGUUCCCUCUUCUACGUCUCCAGUGAUGAUGAGUUUAUCAUCAAGACUGUCCAACACAAAGAGGCAGAGUUUCUCCAGAAACUGCUGCCUGGAUACUUCAUGAAUAUAAACCAAAACAAGCGUACCCUGCUGCCUAAGUUUUAUGGACUGUAUUGCGUUCAGGCAGGCGGUAAGAAUAUCCGUAUUGUUGUGAUGAACAAUCUCCUGCCCAGAAUCAUCCCCAUGCACCUCAAGUAUGACCUGAAAGGCUCCACCUAUAAGAGACGGGCUUCCCCUAAGGAGAGAGAGAAGGCCGUCCCCACUCACAAAGACCUGGACUUCAUCCAGGACAUGCCUGAUGGCCUGCUGCUGGAAGCAGAAAACUACAAUGCUCUGUGCAAGACUAUACAGAGGGACUGCCUGCUCCUGCAGAGUUUCAAGAUCAUGGAUUACAGUCUGUUGAUGGGCAUCCACAACAUGGACCAGGCCAGCAGAGAAAAGGAGCGUAGUGGAGGCAGUUUGGUCGACAAUACGGGGUCUGAAGGAGCAGUGACCCCAGAUCAGCGCCGACCACAAGCCCAGAAAAGUCUGUAUUGCACUGCCAUGGAGUCCAUCCAGGGGGAGGCUCGAGGGAAGGGAGCUUUGGAUUCAGAAGAUCACAUGGGUGGUAUUCCUGCUCGCAAUAGCAAAGGAGAGAGGUUGCUGAUCUACAUCGGCAUCAUCGAUAUUCUCCAAUCUUACAGGUUUAUUAAGAAGUUGGAGCACUCCUGGAAGGCGCUGGUCCAUGAUGGGGACACAGUUUCAGUUCACAGACCUGGCUUCUAUGCAGAGCGCUUCCAACAAUUCAUGUGCAACACAGUGUUCAAGAAAAUUCCACUUAAACCAUCACCAUCCAAGAAAAGCCGCGGUGGAGGUCAGGCAGGGCUUAGGAGGGCGCCCACUCUUGGAGCACCCACACCGCUCUCCCACGCGACAGGACAGUCAUCUGUGGAUUCCAGACUAGUUUACCACUCCCAUUUUAAAAGCACAGAGUCCGAGGCGGACAGCGGUGUGCAGUCAGGAAGGCCGGAUCUGGUUCCUCGGACUCCUCCGCUGGUAGACAACCCUGCAGACUGCGAGGCCAAUCUGUCCACCUCAUCACAAGGCAGCACAGGAGUUGUCUCCACCUCUCCUCCCCUGCGCUCUGUAGGCGUGGAAGUGCACAAAUCGGCAAACACGGACUGUGACCAGGCUGUUUCCCACAGUUUGGGAGUAGAAGGGGCUGCAGAUAAUUCAGGCAACCUGUCUGGAAAUGAAGAUGUAGUUUCUCUGUCGGACAUCGUCCCUGAGACCAACAUCUGUUUCUAAAAACACUCCCAGCAAUGAGAGACUUCUGGAAACGGCGAGGUGGGUAGAAGAAAGGCAAAAUGAACUGGAGUCAGUCAUCCACCGCAGACCCUCCAUCGCUCCUCUGCUGUUUUGUGACCUCUGCAGUUUAUACAGUAGCCACCGAAUAAAACAGCAUGGUUUGUGACCGUGAGGAAAGCAGUGAUUUGGACCAUGUUGUGCGGUAGGCUCUAGACUUCCCCAGCCAUCAGCACUGUCACUGUGUGUACAUAUUUGUCCACACCUAUCCAAAACUGUCCGAUACACACUCAGAAAAAGGCUUUCGGCCCUGAAUUGAAGAUUGCCCUUCAUCUCCGUCUGCAGCGAUGAUAUAAUAAACAAUAUAAUGAGUUGUAUAUUGUAUUGAAAGAGAAAUAACAAAAAAAGAGGUCAU